AACGAGCCGAAAAUGCCGGGUUUUAGCAGCGUUGGUACAUUCAAAAUUUUCAUCGGUAACUUGGCUGAUAAAACAUCGAAUGCUGAUAUCAAGCCGCUUUUUGAGAAAUAUGGAAAGGUCGUAGAGUGUGACGUUGUUAAGAAUUAUGGAUUUGUGCAUAUGGAAAAUGAAGAAGCAGGAAGAAACGCAAUACAAAAUUUGAAUGGACAUAUAGUUCAUGGUCAGCCUAUAAAAUGCGAAGCUGCUAAGAGUCGUAAAGGACCCAACACUCCUACGACCAAAAUCUUUGUUGGCAAUCUCACAGAUAACACGAAAGCACCUCAAGUGCGCGAGUUGUUUGCCAAAUAUGGCACUGUCGUAGAAUGCGACAUAGUGAGAAAUUAUGGAUUCGUCCAUCUAGAAGCCACAGGUGACGUGAAUGACGCCAUUAAGGAGCUUAAUGGGCAAAUCGUGGACGGUCAACCUAUGAAGGUUCAAAUUUCCACCAGCAGAGUACGACAAAGGCCAGGAAUGGGAGAUCCAGAACAAUGCUACCGAUGCGGACGCGGAGGCCAUUGGUCCAAGGAAUGUCCAAAAGGAGGAAUGGGAGGAGGACCGGACAGGAACGGAUUCAGGGACCGAAUGUUUGGACGUGACCCGUAUCCUCCACCGCCGCCACCACCUUUCCUUCGGGACCGGCUAAUGGGUGGUGGCCGCUUUGGAGACUACGAAAGCUACUAUGACAGGAGGGGCUUCGACGACACCAGGGAUCUCUACGAGAGGCGGUUUACGGGUAUGACAGGGCCCUGUGACAUGGGAACUUCCAUGUGCGGGCUAGACUUUCCACCAAUGACAAUGCCACCUCUACCUCCAAGACGAGACCCAAUGCCUCCUAUGCCUCCUCUAGGUAUGGGAUCCAUGCGCGACACUGGCUUCUCCCGAGGCAACGAUUAUGGCAUGUUCAGCCGACGAUCACCCCCUCCGAGUGGCAACAACGGCCGGUUCAGUAGAGGCAUGUACGAAGACAGCCGAGAUUCGUUCGAAGAACGUAGACCGGGAUUACGAGGGCCAUCGCCGUCGCGCCGGUUCGCACCAUACUAAAUCGUCGCGUCGGGCUCGGAUCGGUCUGUCGGUCUGUCCGUCUCUCUCUGUGUGUCGGGUCUGAUCGCUAGCAGGAAGCCUCGGGACCGAGAUACUCUUGGCCGUCUGUCGAUCUGCACGCGCGAAGAUCUGCCGCAACCGCUCUAUGAGAACAAGUACAUUCUGUCACCCGCAUUGCGCCCAUUAUUAGAUUACUCUAAAUAAAUAAACUAAUGACGAAAAGAAAAAAAAAAAAAAAGAAAAAAAAGAAUACCCACAACAACAACUACUACUACAACAAAGUAUACAAAAAAAGAAAAGAAAAUACAAUAAGCGGAAAGAAAGCAACGCCGAAUCCACUGAGAAAUAAUAAUAAUAAUAAUAAUAAUAAUAAUAAUAAUAUGAUAGACAAAGAAUGUCCUUGUCUGCGAUAGUAUACCGAAAAAACUGCGCAUAAAUUAAUCGUCAUAAACAACAAACUGAACAAAAAAAAAGGAAAACUGAAUAUCUGAAGUAAAAUUCAGACGAAAAUUUCACGGUCCCCAUGCAUCUUGAUAAGUCUGCCCUUCCAAAUCUUAUCUCCCUCUUGCCUUACUACAGCAACACCAUUACCACCACCAUCACAAUCUCCGCUACCCUUCCUCGUCCGAUAUGUAUAUAUAUAUAAAACUGUAUAUGUGUAUAUAUACAAGUACAUCCAUCUGUUUCUUUUAUCAGAGCACACGUAUAAUUAUUACUACUCCGUCGGAUUGCUCAUCGUUUAUUACGAUAUAUCGUAGGGAAACGAUAACGAACGAUUAGAUAGAGAGAAAGAAAAAAAAUAGCAGAAAUUACAGGAAAAUGUUACUAUCCUCGACGGAAUCAUUUAAGCGAGCGAAAAAUUUAUAAAUUCGACGCACUAUUUAUCCGCCACUCUUCCACCAUAGUUACAAAAAGAAAAUUUCACCGCCCUUUCCACGCGUGUAUAUUAUUUAUUUAAUCGGCCUGUGUGCGUUGCGAUACAUCACGUACGCGAUUCUCAACGAUCGCGACUAUUUUUAUGUGAUCUGAACUUGUAUUAUUCGUUCGUUCGUUCGUUCGUUUGGUCGUUCGUUCGUUCGUUCGUACGUACGUUCGUUCGUCCGUUCGUUCAUCAGCGCGAUGUUUCAGCAGGGACUUUUUCAUCUUUUUUUUUUUUGUUCGGAUUCUCUUCCCUCUCUAAAAACUAGGAACAAAACGUCGUUAUUACCGAUCUUUUACGCGCGUUUAUGAAUGCGUGUGCGUGUAUAUGUGUGUUUGCGAUAAAAAAUAAAUAAAUAAAUAACUUAAAGAAAAAGCUUAGAAAAAAAUUAAAAAAAAAAAAGGAAAAAAAAAA